GCCGAAGAAGAUUGUGUUUGAGAUUGUAAUUUGUACAAUUAAUAUGAUUAUACUUUAGUGAAUUCAUAGAUAUAGUGACGUUUGAAGCAAAUAUUAAGUGGUGCUUCAUGAAAACGGGUGCAGGUUACCACAAACAGAAGUUAAAUGUGUAUUCGCUAUGCCCCUGACAUCUGAGGAGGUUGCAAGCCGCUAUCCGAUCCACUGGCUGGUGUGGAACAAUAAAUAUGAUGAGCUGAAAAAUGAGCUGCAGGCUAACAAGUUCUCUCCAGAAGACAUAGAGAAGCAUGACAACCGCGGAAGGACCCCCCUGCUGCUAGCUGUCACACUGGGCCACAUAGACACUGUGCGGGUGUUGAUAGAGGCUAAUGCUGACGUCAAUUGUGAAAAGGAUGGAUGGACGGCUGUGCAAGAAGCGACAGCGACAGGCGACCCGGAGAUGCUGUCGCUGGUGCUGUCAUGGCGCGACUACCAGCGCUACGUGGUGCAGUCCAGCGGCAUCCCCGAGCUGCUGAACAAGCUCAGCCUCGCGCCGGACUUCUAUGUUGAGAUGAAGUGGGAGUUCACCAGUUGGGUGCCGCUGGUGUCCCGCAUGUGUCCCUUCGACACGUACAAGGUGUACAAGCGCGGCGCCAACGUGCGCGUCGACACCACGCUCGUGGGCUUCGAGAACAACCGCUGGCAGCGCGGCGACCGCACCUACAUAUUCAGAGGACAGGGUCGCAGCGCCAGCCUGGUGGAGCUGGACCACGAGGCGGGCACCUCGGGGGUGGAGUACUUCGAGGUGGGCGGCGAGCGCGGCGCGCGCGACUGGCCGCCGCCGCCGCCGCACGUGCUGGCGCAGCGCCUCGCCGCGCCGCUCGCCAUCAACUACCUGGACACGGAUAAAAUCAGCUUCGAGAGAAAUAAAAGUGGUAUUUGGGGUUGGCGUCAAGACAAAACAGAGAGCGUCAACGGCUACGAGUGCAAAGUGUUCAGCGCCAACAACGUGGAGCUGGUCUCCAAGACCAGGUCGGAGCACCUGCCCCAGGGGGAGCGGCGGGCGCACACGCCCCGCGCGCCGCUCGCCGGCCUGCUGGCGCUGGCCGACAGUGACGACACCAGCCCCACUACCCCCCACUCUCCGCUACUGACUCCUGACAGGGAAGAGGCCCCGCGGAGGAGCAAGUCGCGCGAGGAGUUGCGGCCGGUGUCGUGGGAGGAGUACUUCUCCGGCGAGCCGCUGGAGCGCGACGUGGGGCGGCCGCGCGACAUCGCCACCAAGGUGCAGAAGUUCCGCGCCACCCUGUGGCUGUGCGAGGACUACCCCCUGGAACUGCAAGAACAGAUAAUGCCGAUCCUGGAUCUAAUGGCGUCGAUAUCGUCGCCGCACUUCGCCAAAUUAAAAGAUUUCAUACAGAUGCAGCUACCAGCCGGAUUCCCUGUCAAAAUUGAAAUCCCCCUGUUCCACGUGCUGAACGCGCGGAUAACUUUCGGCAACAUCUUCGCGACGGAGUCCCCCGUGCCGCACGUGGAGUGCAUCCAGGAGGGCGCGCGCCUGGCGUGCGUGCUGGACGACCAGUGCUUCGCCGUGGGGCGCGGGUACGCCGACGCGGCGGCGCCCGACGAGCGGCUCGGCUGCGACGACGAGGGCCUGCUGCAGUACGCCAUUCAGCAGAGCCUCAUGGAGGCCGGCACGCACGACGACCAGGUGGACGUGUGGGAGGCGCUGCGCGGCGCGCGCUCGACGUCGCCGGUGCCGCCGCGCCGCCCCGCGCCGCCCGCGCUGCUGGACCACGAGGCCACGCAUCUGCAGAGAGCGAUCGAAGAGUCGCUGUCGAGCGCCCCGGCGGACGCCCGCGUGCCGGACGCGUGCGUGCACGUGGAUGCGGACGCGGACGCAGACGCGGACGCGGACGAGCUGGACGCGGACCUCCGCGCGGCGCUGGCAAUGUCCGCGCGCGAGCAGGCGGCGCUCGACGAGCAGUUGCGGGACGAACAGAGGGCGCUGGACGAAGUGUUGCGACUCUCGCUGAUGGAUAAGUAACUAGAUCUCAGAAUACCAAAUCUUCCACCAAAAUAAAGACUUUUACGCCUAAGAGUUGACUGCCGGUUGUUAAGAGCUGCAAGAUUGGUUCUUAUUCCAAAGAUGUAACGCCUAAAGUGGCCUGCGACGUCGGUUUAUUGGCUGCGUACUUCAUAAAGUAUGUAAUAUACUGUAUAGAUUGAAGUUAAUUGACGUAUACAAAUAUAUUGCGAUAGUUGUAAACACUAGUCUUCCUAAAAAUAAUGUUUUUAAUAAAAACACAACUGAUGUUGGCUAAAUCUGCUAAAUUACUUGUUAAAGGUGCAUUUGCGUAACUUGAUUGGAUCACUUUGAGUUUGAGUUUCAAAUUUUCCAUUCAUUCAUCAUCAUCUGUAUCAAACUGACAGUUUUUCUGGGGAUUUGACAUUAAUUUGACACAUUUUGUCUCAAUAUAUAGGAAAACUGUCAGUUUGACAAAGAUACAUACAUAGACUCCACGCCACGAAAGAAGUCCCGCGGCAAAAACCUGAACUAAAAUUGACAGCGCCUUACACAAAUGGCAAUACGACCCGCAAUACGGCCAUUACGAAAUGACAAUGAGCGCCAUUUAAUUAAUUAAUUUUGCCUUUGCAUUAAUGCCGCGUCUACGGGACUAGUUUCGUGGCGCGAAGUAUAGAAUGAAUUUACUGUCAAAAGUAUCCGAUGACAUAUUAAUUAAUUAAUAAAUAAUGAAAGCAGCUUAUUUUCCCUGUUGCCCAAUAAUAUUUUUAUUAAUGGAUUAAUAUAGUAAAAAGUACAAAGAUUUUUAGUACAUUUUUCAUUUCAGUAUUGUUUUGAAGAGUGGCAUUGACAGUGGGAUCUUCUUUGACAAAACCUAUCAUAUAGUUAUAAUUUAUUUGAGUCACAUUUGCUCGUAAAGCAUCUCUUUUCAAUUUCAAUAUUGUAAUGUAUCUCAUUACGCACAUGUCCUGUAAUGUAAUAUAAAACCUUUACUAUUCGCUUAUAAACAAACGGUACUUUUUAAAUCUUAGCAAAGAGUUUUUAUGUUAGAAAAGUUCUCAACAUUUUAUGAAUAAAAUUAACUUUGUGAGACAAAAUAUAAUAAACAAACAUUUAAUUCUAUCAUUUUAAUAAUUUUGACAAUAAAUGACAAUCACUUAUCUGUAACAGAAUCACAAAAAAAUUAAUUUACUUUAUUAGUAAUACUGGCUAUUUUUGGUGCAUUUGCCUAACGCACGCACUUUGAUAAAUAUGCAAAAAUGACAUCUUAUGGUAAACAGGCAAAGAUGCAAAUUCAUUUUCAGAAAGUGUGUUCAAAGUGUGCUUACUCCCAAGUGUGUAUAAAUGGCGUCGUAUGACAUUCGUGCGCUUUGAUAAUUACAGCCUCUGUUUCCUUACUAUAGCAAUAUCUCGGCUGUAAUUUUCAACUUACCGCAUUUAUAUCAGAAUGUACUAUUACAUACACUUUACUUUUACACUAGAGAGGAAAAUAAAGUAAGACACAAAAUUAAAUUAAAGUUUAUUCUUACGCGAUCGAAUACGUACAAACCGUACCAUCGAAUAUUUGUCUAUUCCAUAGUUAUAACUGUAUCUCUAUAGUCUAUACUGUAGACUAUAUGCUCUAUGUAUGUAUACUCUAUGGCAUAUUCAAAAGUAUCAUCAAAGUACAUCGCAAUAUAUCUGUUUUCGUCAACAACAAUUUAACACAUAAAGUAUUAAUACAAUUUUGUAUGUAGCCUUACAAUAAUAUUUAUUUGUUUCUAUAAAGUUUAAGCUUAUAGUUUUUCUUUACGAGUGAGAAUGAACAUAAUACAUAAUGUUAAUACGGUGCAUUUUUGUAUGUGCAUAAUAAUAUUGUCCAGAAUUAUUUGUUGUAUUUAUAAAUAUAAACAAAUUAUAAAUAAUAUAAUGAAAUCUAUUUUAUUAAAAGUCUAGUGAGUAUUAUUCGUGUGUAAAAAUUGAUACACAAAAUAUAAUGUAUUUCAGUUACAUAGAUUUCAAUAUUUCAAUUAAUGAAUUAUUAUUUAUUUUCAAUAUCCAAUAGUAAUGUUGGUUUUUAUUUUUUAUUUAAAUUAUUGUGUGCUAUUGUAAUUCUAGUUUAAUUUACUGAAUGAAAUAAUUUACAUUAAUUUUUUUUCGUUUUAAAAUUUUAUAGUGAUAAUAAGGCCUUUUAUUAAGUCCUAGUAUUAAGAUAUAUUUAUAUACAUUUCUAUUUUACAUAAUAUAGGCAAUUGAAGCCUGCAAUUUCUUAAGCAAUGUUAGUAAUAAUAUUUAAGUCUAUUCCAAAUUAUAUUUGUAAUUUAAUAAUUUAAUACUGCCCCACACCCUACUUUACAUAAGUAUUAUUAUAAUAUAAUUAUAUUAUGUAAAAUAAUAUAAAAAAUAACCUGUGCCAAAUAUCAAAAGAAAUAGACAGAAGUUUGACAGAGUUAAUAAUUAAUUAUUUAUUAUUUUUUUUUGCAUUUUAAUCAGUUCAACAUUGUAGAGCAUGAAUUAGAAGAGAAUUCUAUAGAAACAAAAGUGAUUUAUUCUCUAUAAUAGGCUAGUUGACACUUUUUUAAAUGGUCUUAAAUUGUUCAUUAUUGUUCUUCUAGAUUGAGGCGUGAUUACAUGAAAAUUUGAAUUUUUAAAUAUUUUUUUGACAAUACGAGCCAAAACACCUGUCAGCCAUGAUGGUCUAUAUUUCAACUGUUUCAUGACGUCACUAUAGCCAAUCCCAAUAAUAUUUUUGUCAAACGGACCGUAUUUAGAUUGACGUUUAGUAUAUCAAGUAAAACUGUGACGUCACAAGAUGGAUGACAGCGUUUUCGACGUUUGGAAAAUUUAAAAAUAUACGAGUGCAUGAUUUUUUAAUUAAGUUUUAUAAGAAAUCCUUAACUUUUAUUGAUUAAUAUCGACAUAUUUUGGACCCUUAUUACUGAUGUACACGAAAUUAACAUUGCUUAUAUAAAAUUUGAUAUGAGUCAACUACCCUAUUGUUUGCAACAUUGCUUCUACAACAACAAAACCCUUGUUUUUGUUUUUUUUUUGGGUUUUAAAUUUAUUUUUACUGGUAUUUCAUCACAUUAACGAGCAGCUAGUGUUAUUGGCCAGGUUAUUGUAAUUAAAAUAAUGUAAAGUCAUUGAAUUAAAGUGACAAUUCAUGCAAUUAUUAUCUAUUUAUACCUUUUCGAGCCAAAUUAGGAGACGAAUGUUUACUAACAAAGCGUUGCCUGGCAACCGCUUGGCAUAUAAUAUCCGAUAACCUUUCAUUAUUUACUUUAAUUUCAAAAUUGAAUCGUAAUUUGUAAACAUAUCUUUUGAUUUACUAAUUUGAUAUAUUUACAAAUUCCUUAUGAUUAGAAUUGUAUACCAACGAAGAUUUUUUAAAUGCUUACUUGUGGCAAUUUAUAAAGUAUUUUAUUGGACUAUAUAAUAAUAACAGAUAUAAAUAAAAGCAAUCUUGAUGAAGUAGAUAGUAAUGAAUUCAAUUAUUUCCUGUUGAUAAUUUUGACAUUAGUUUUGAUUUUAAUAUAUAAGGGGAGUUCCAUACUGUGAUUACUGAUUGUAUUGUUUUGUGAAACUGAUCUGACUGUAACACUGCCAUCUGUCUGCAGUUUAUGACAUUUCAAAACAGCGCCAUCUUGUGACGCGUCGGUUACAACUUUCGCUUUCUGCGUAUUUCGGUAGGUGGCGCUAGGCGGUCAUAAGCUUUGUAAUACUGAAGUUUUAAAAUAAUUUAAUUAUUGAACAAAACGAAUCGCUUUCAGCCGUCUAUUUAUGAACUAAUUGAUACAUUUCAUUCAUUGACCUCUUAUAAUUAAAGGACGCACAAUCAUGUAGAAAAUUUCAUUUAAAAACUGGCCAAUUUUGCUUUGACUGUUUUAGAAUUAUUGGUAAAGAAAAUUAUGCCUAAAGGCAUUUAAAUAUAGUUCAACAUUCAAUAAAAUCAAAAAUUCAGAACAAAUUCAAUUUUAAGGAUUGAGUUUAAGGUUGAAUUUGCAAAUGCGACUACUUGAAUUGAGUGCCAAGAAGUUGUGUUUAGCACUCAUUGAGUUGGGGCGUUUUUUGGUCGCUGAUUGUGCAUCUACUUUUUAAUAGGAGAUGAUAAUGUUAAUCCCAUCCGUCAGAAAUUUUCAAAAACUUUUAUUGGGCGAAUGAUGGUCCUUUACAAUUUAUUGCAGUCAGUGAGACAGUCAGACAUUGAUUAGAUUUAUUAUUUACACUAUACUCUACAAGGUAUUCUCAUUUAUUUAUUUUUAAUCAUUGUCGAGUAUAGUGCGAGAGUCAACGGAUCAAAUAAGAAUGUUUGCAGAACAGACGUACCAAAGUGCAGUGUUGCUAUACAUAUUGUAAUGUGUUCCAAUCCAAGUAUUCCUAUUCCAAUAGCGUCUAAUAAAUGUGUACAACUCGUGGAAUUGUGUAAUGAUGAAAUAUAUUUCUGUAUAUUGAAUUUUU